GCAGCCGGCAAAGUACUCAGGCAUCCAAGUAGGCAGGCAGGCAAGCAGCGACAAGCAGACAGACAAACCAGCCAGUCAGGCUCCAGUCACGUUGGGCACGAAGCGGCGCCCGUCCGCACCAGUCAAGUCAGUCUGUUGCCGAACACGACCGAGUGCGGACGUACUCGAGCGCUCCGAAGUUUAUCGUUGAAUCCGUUGCCUUUAAUUUUAACGAGCGUCGACGUAUACCUUGCUCGUGAAACAAAGUUUUUUUAUUCUCAAUCGAACAAACGUGCUUCGAGAACUAUUAUGACGGCUGGACCCAACCGAGCAGCUUUAGUUUUGUGAUUCUUUUACCUUCUCGAAAGGAACUGUGUUGUUUUGGAUUUACGAUACUGGAUCCUGGACUGCUGCGGGUCGCGUUGUGAUCUUUGGAUUAUAAAAAGGAUUGUUGUGACUCGUACCUGGGUGCUCCCGAGGAAUUAAGGACGGUGGUACACACCGAUAACUACGAAACUGUGCUUCUUUUAUUUAACAUUAGUUUUUCAUCGGAUCUUCGAUAUUGUGAUUUCUGUGCGUGGGUACCGGAUGCGAGGAUGAGCGCACACGUGGUGGAGUCGACUAGCGAGUUCUCCGCUUUUAUGAAAGCCGGGGUCAUGGCGGGAUCCGAGAGAGACGCUGGGUUCUGCAGCGGAGGCGACGAGGACGACAUGUCCGGUCUGCAUUCGCCGAGCGCGUCCGAGGACAGCGUCGAGGUCCAGGUCACGCCGAUAUCACUGAGGAACAAGAGGAAGCUGGCCGAGCCCAGGAAGAUACAGGAACCGAGUACGGCGCCUUUGAAGAAGAGGAGGUUCGAGGUGGUGGAGGAGACCACCAGCAUAGACGAGGAGUCCAGACCCGCCGGGUCGCCGUCCCCGAGUCCUUUCAGACCGUGGAGCACGUCCGCGAGCAAGAGUAGCGAGACCAAGACCUCGGUGGCCCCCAAGUCCAUCGAGUCCGAUAGUCAGGACCGGGUCAAUCAUCAGAGGCGACACGAGUCUCGUCUACAGGAGGAAGCUGCUCGCCAACGACUGCAGGACAAUGAUCAGCGACCCGAGUCACCCCUGAUGACCUGUCUUCAGAGACCUGGUCAAAAUUUUCAACCACCAGCCCCACCCGUUCUACCUCAUCCCAGGCUCCAGGACGAGCCUCUCUCCCUGGUCCUGCGCGGGGAGGAUCCCAGGGUCCCGUCCCAUCCUGGCGUCAGCGGCACCUUCGACAGAGCUGGCUAUCCCCUUGACAACGUCAUGUCCCAUAGCCUUGGACAGGGCCAGCAUCAUCAUCAUCAUCGCAGUCAGAGUCCCAACGGUCAUUCCAGGCAUCAGGCUGCCGGCGGUCAGCAGAGAAAUUACAAGAACAUGACCCGCGAGCGCAGAAUAGAGGCGAACGCUCGCGAACGAACGAGAGUCCACACGAUAAGCGCAGCCUUCGACACCCUGAGACGCGCGAUACCUGCCUACUCGCACAAUCAAAAACUCUCAAAGCUAUCCGUCCUCAGGAUCGCCUGUAGUUACAUAAUGACCCUGAGCAAAAUAGCCAACACGCCCGAGGGCGAGUCCGCGAACGGGACCUCCCUCGGGGCAUGCGUUGACCUGGUGUCGCGCACGAUACAGACCGAGGGUAAAUUAAGAAAGAAAAAGGACGAAUGAGUCUAUAUAUUAUUAAUAUUAAUAACGACAACAAUAAUAAUGCCCGGAAGAAGGAAAUAUAGCCCAUUCGAAUUAUUACCUGAUAACUACUCAAUGAUGCUCAACGCUGUGCUCGCCAACUUGCUUAGCUCGUAAGUCUUAUAAAUUCUUUAUCGAAAAAAUACAUAAAAUUUAAAAAAAAAAACAUCGUCUCAAUGCCAUACGACAAUACGCCGUUAUAAGUAUAAUCUAGUAGGAACCGACACUAGCGCCGCCAGUUGUAACUAUAAGUAAGUUGGUAAUAGAUUAGACGUUUCAGCGGUGUCUAGUAACUUUUUUUUUUCUUCUCGUUGCCACCCCUGCACGGUUCACGCCGUCGGGGAAUCCCACGAUUAUUUCUUUAUGAUUCCGACGCUCGAUCGCAAGCGCGUUUCUGACAAUAAUAAUAAUAAUGGAGUCUAGGUAAUUUUCUCUCUCUCUCUCUCUCCCUCUCUCUCUCUCUCUUUGUCCACCCACCCGCCACACCCCCCUAAUUCUCAGAGCCCCUGCACUCGUUGCUACCGAACGUCCCUGUCCCGAUAGCACGUAAGUGGGGAGCGGAGUUAAAAGACGUGCCGGGCGCGUUAUUCGAUUACUGAUAAAGUGUGCAGGGCGAUCGGAAAACGCGCAGCGAUUGGUCGGCACCGGGCGAUUAAUCGCGAGUUCGAUUAUCGCAUCUCGACCAAUCGGCGAGCGGGACGGCAGCGAAGUGCUUCCGAAUGUUAGUCGACGACUGAAUUGCCAAGUACAAAAAAUUCAUGGCGACCGCAUUGUAAAUGUAUGCGGUGUACAGGCCCUGUAUAUAUUAGCGAGAUAUAUACAUAUAUAUAUAUGUAUACAUAUACAUAUGUAUUAAACCAUUGAACGCCUAUUAUAAAUAUUGUAAAUACCAAUAAAUCGCCAUAAUAGCCUUUAUCGACUCUAUAUAUGUAUAUUAAUCGUAAUGGUUAUCGACGAGACAGAUAUAUAUAUAUAUAUAUAUAUUAAUAUACCAACGAUAUGUAUAUCGUAUGUAUUCGCCGUCGCGGCGGCGAACGACGUCCCGCCGCUACGCGUCCUGUAUGUACCUUUUUACAACAUAAGAGGAAAAAAGCCACGUAAAUUUGAAUGAAAGUUCAAAAUAAAUAGAUGCCAUCGUCA